AAAACCUAUAACUAUCGUCUGAUAAUGUGAUUAUUGUGUGUUUAUAAAUCCAAGUAUUCGGGAGGAGAUCUCACAUUCGAACAGUUGUUAACCAUGUUGUGCUUCUCUACUCUUCUCACUAUACUCGGACUACUCCUCGCUGCGGAGUCAUCUGUCGACGAGCCCGGACAAAGACUGGUAGAAAGACGCUACAGGGGAUUAAAGUUCGGAGCAACAAACCAGGACUACGUUCUCUUCAAGCCAAGAAUGGAACCGGUGCAAGAAUCCUACUCGCUGUGCGGAUGGGUGAAGAAGAUACUGUCUGGUAAUUAAAGUUCUGGUUUGCUUACGGAACAUCUGGUUAUAAUGAGGAGAUCCGCCUAAGAGAUAACGGAAUUUCUACACGUUGAGCACUAAUGUAGAUAUGAGGAGCAAGGUAACUGACCAGCUAGGAACAUGGAGACAUGUCUGCCUUACGUGGAGUCUCACUACUAGAGCAGCUAGUAUGUACUAUGAUGGGUUACUUCUAGGAUCAGCCACAACCCCCUCUGGUAGAAAGGUCGGUCUAGACGGGUAUGUUGUGCUAGGUAAUGAGUUUGACUCAUACGGAAGUAACUUUAAUAGCCAUUUGGUGGGGAACUGUUCAAGGUGAACCUGUUUGAUAAAGAACUGAGUGCUGCUGAAGUGAAAGAAAUGGCGGACGGUGGUCUCUGUUCCGAAGUAGAAGAGAAAUACGGACGAAGUAGGUAUCUGAAAUGGGAAGACAUGCUUCUUGAGGAGAAAUCAGGAAAUGUAACAGAGAUUGACGUAGGCUGCACCCCUGAACCAAAGGAGGAAGAUGGAGAGGAAGAAAACAACAGCACAGAGGACUGUGAAUGUGAACAGGGGAACGGAACAACGUUCAGCCAGUGGGACCUGCUACGAGGAGAAAAGUUCUUCAACAGGACGGUCUCCGUGGAGUUGGUGACAGAACUGAAACAAGCCUGGACAAUUUUAGGUGAUUUUGAAGGCGCAACGGUAACGGAGCGGUUUAUUUCUCACUUUAAAUUCUUCCACGACGGGAAGAGUUGCGGAGAUGACUGAUUCUUCUUGAGGAAGAUUUCACACACAGAUUUAACUGUUGUACUGAUAGAACAAUUACAGACAUUUUUUAACUGGGAAAUUAAUUAAUCUGUUAGCUUUCUGAAUUAUUAGUUUUACAACAGUGUUACGUUAAUCAAUAGAUCUUUACAGCUAUAAUCUUGUUGACAUCAUUUUUACUCCGAAAAUUUAAUUUUCAUUACGCAUUUUUUGGCAACGUUUUUAUUUAACAAUUUAGUGUAUUGUUUUAAAUACGAUUCCUGUGACAAUUCUAGAUUAAAUUUUUUCUUCA